UUGAAGAUGUGGUGGACGAGGAAGAAUAUGAUGAGCAAUUUAAUGAGUCACCACCUUGCGUUUGGAGCAUCCCUCCAAUAGUCGAUGAUUUUGACACAACGUUGAAACGAAAAGAUCAUAAUGAAGGAUUUUAUGUCACAAAAGCGAAGAAUGAAGUAGGUAUGAAUUAUUUGAUUUUGUUUUUUCCAAUAUGUGUUACUAAUUGCAUAAAUUGCUUAUUAUUGUUAUGUGUACAAGUUUAUAAUUUAAAAAUGAUACUAAUCGAUGUCUUAAUUUAUUUAUGUCUUUUUUUUCAGGUAAGUAAUAAUGGAGGAUGAGGAUAUGCAUAAUCUUUACAUGUUUUCGUAAGGUGAGGAAGAUGAGCAACACAAUCAAUCACAAUAAGAGCAACAAACAACCGACUCUCAAAAGAAUAAAAAGAAGCCAAGAGGUCCAUCAAAGGGCUUGAAAUCCAUGCCUGGGGUUCCUAGAGUGCUUGAAUGGGAUGAAUUGUGUCGACCCAUUGGAAAGUGGGCAAAAGCAUACAAAACUCAUCUUGGUGAAAUAAGCCGUGCAAAGGUGUCUAUAUUGUAUAAAGAUUGGAAUCAAGUUCCACAAGGAAUAAAAGACACUUUGUGGGAAGAUGUUAAGAGAGAGUUUCAAAUCGAAGAAGAUGAAGACAAGAAAAAAAAGGUCCUACGCACUUGUGAUAAAACUUGGAGAGAUUUUGAAACAAAAUUGGUCAGUGGUGGGAUCACAUGUACCAGGAAUAUGCCAAAGGAGAAAAGAAUGUCGUAUGUACUCUAUGAUUUCAUAUUUGAAGAUAUGUGGAAAACAUUUGUGGAGGAGCAUAUUACAGAUGAUUUUAAGGUUUUUGUGUAUUAAUAUCAAUGAUCAUGCAGGUUAUUAAUACUUUGUUAACAGAUUCUUAUGUACUAAUCUUCAUUUAUGCUCGUGAAAAUAGGAAAUCAAUGAAACAGCAAGAUAAAGUCAGUCUUUCAACGAAUACCCUCACCAUUUAGGAGCCAAAUCAUAUGGUGAA